AUGCACGCCAACUCCACGAGCAACAGAGCCUUGCGAGUCCUGCUCGGACUUUGCCUUUGCCUGAGCCUCAAUCGAGCCUCAGCGCAGCUUGAGGCAGAUGUUAGCGAAGACUCGAACCCGUCGGAGACGCAGCCCCGUGGGCACUCGGCGAACAGUGUGUCAUACUUUAGGGCGUCGAUUCCAAUGCGCAUCUACGAGUGCCUGCGCGAGUCCAGCAUGCUGCACUGCACCAAGUUGUAUGUGCUGCAAAAGAUGGAGGAGCGCCGCCACAUGGCCAGCUCGGGCAACCUGACCAGAGACUUUCUCGAUCAGUUCUUCGGCGAGGAGACGCAAAUGGGCAGCCUCAUCUCACAGAAGUACCAGCAAAUGUCCGAGAAGGAGCUGAACCAGCGGCUGGUCGGGAACUUUCAGCGGUUCUUCAAGCAUCGCGACCUCAAGCUGCACUUUCUGCCAGGAAUGCUGGUGAAGAUUGUGCCCAGCAAGGACAACAAGCUGAGGUUCUCCCUCAAGAAGGCUGGCAAAUCUCGCGUGGGCCGUGCCCGACGCCGCGAAACGGAGGACCUGGAGCUAAAUCUGAUGAACAUCCCCGCGAUGGGCGGCGUGGGCGGAAACAGCGGCAGCGUGGAGAACUAUGAGCCCGAGGCGGAGGGUGACUCCAAGCAGGGUCUUCUCGGCGGUGGUGGUGGUGGGUCCGAGGAUGGUGGCGGCGGCAUCGGCGUCGGCGGUCUCUUGAGACGUCGCAAGAAGAAGCACAGCUCCAACAAGCUGACCAUCAUGCAGGUGGCCGUGCCCAUGCUGAUCCUGCCCGUUGUACUGCUGGGCAGCCUGCUGCCCUUUAUACUGCCCGCCCUCAAGAUGGCCACCAUUAUGUCGCUGCUGAUGAACAAUGGCGCCUUCAUGGCCGCCCUGCUCUAUGCCGCACGCACGCAGUUCAACACACACGAGGAACAGCAGCAGCACAUUAGCUACAGUUAG